GGGGGUUAUUAUUAAUAGCGAUCCAGAAAACGGGUUUGGAAGGGGUUAAGUGGAGACCUUGCCUCCCAGCCAGGAGCGAAUCAGGGCUGGCAGGGGAGGAGCCAGGCUACCGCUAGGAAAGCGAUCUAGACUGGCCAGAUGCUGCCCUGAGAGGGGACGCAAGAUACCAGCGGGGCUUGGGGACCAUGGGGCAGGGGCUUGGCACAGGGACCCUGGCCUCUGCACCCUGAUAGCUCCAAGCCAGAGGGUGCAGGACCGGCUACUAGCGUUGGAGGGAGGAGGGGCCAAGCCGCCUGAACCAGGACAGUGGGAGGGGGGGGAGAGGACCAGGACCCAGAGGCCUCCCAGCCCCCCAGGUAGGGGCCACUGGCUGCACUCAGGCCUUGACCUCAGCUGACUCUGAGAGCCCACAUGGGAUGCAGGGUCUAAUUUAAGCACCAGCUGCAGGGCCCACAGCCCAGGAGUGCCUGCCAGUGGGCACAGGUGUGGCCAGGCUGCUCAGGGGCUACUCAGUCAGGGGGAGGACUGGGGAGACCAGCCCUGCUUCCACCCAGCCCUGCACCCUGGCCAAGCUGCCUCCUGUGGGAACCUUCAUGGGUCCCCCAUGAUCUGGCAGACGGCCCUCCUCUCCGUUGAGGCCAAGGUCAGGGGGUGCAGCCAGGAGGGCAGAAGGACACUGCCUUGCAGUCUGGACAGGGGUUGCAUCAGCCUGAGCUGCGCCAGGGGAAGGGGGCCCUGCUGGGAGGGCAAAGGCUGGCUUGAUUGUCCAAAGGCCGAGGAAGCAGAGUCCUGACCGCAGGAAGGCAGGGCCAGAGAGCUGGGUCCUACCUGGCCUCCUGGUGCCUGGCCUGCGACUUGCUGUUUGAUCUUACACAGGCAGCCUGUCCUCGAUGGGCUUCAGUCUUCCCAUCUGUAUGAUGCAGCUGCUGACCUAGAAGGCUGAUCGCAGUCCCAGAGGCCUACACUCAGGCCCCUGCUCCUCCUGCCUCCUGCAGCCCUGGCUGUGGGCGGCCACAUGCAGGCAUGGAGACGGAAGUCCCUCUGGCUGGCGCUGUUGGCCUCCUGGCUCCUCGUUCUGCUGGGAGUCUUCCCCCUUCUCCGCCUGGCAGUGCCCACCAGACCCCGGGCAGGAGCCCCCCAGGGCUGGCCCCGCUGGCUGGACGCAGAGCUCCUGGAGAGUUUCGCCAAGCCUGGGGAGCUCCUGGAAGAUGGCCCUCAACCUCCUCAAGCCCUCCGUGGUGGCAGCUGCAACUGGGGAGCUUGCUUUGACACCUCGAAAUGCAGAGGUGGUGGCCUCAAGGUAUUUGUGUACCCAGCGGCUGGACCCGUCUCUGAGACUCACCGCAGGAUCCUGGCUUCCAUCGAGGGCUCCCGCUACCACACGCUCAGCGCUGCUGAGGCCUGCCUCCUCCUCCUCCUCAGCCCGGACACCCCCACUGGAGAGUGCGACCCGGUGCCCCCGCAAUGGGAUGGGGGCAGGAACCAUCUGGUCCUCAGUCUCCACCCAGCCCCUUGCCCCCGGACCUUCCAGCUGGGACAGGCAAUGGUGGCCGGGGCCAGUCCCCCAGUGGACACCUUCCGGCCCGGCUUUGACGUGGCCCUCCCGCUUCUCCCUGAAGCCCACCCGUUGCGAGGUGGGGCACCUGGCCUGCUGCGGCAACACAGCCCCCGACCCGGGGUGGCCCUGCUAGCCCUGGCAGAGGACAAGGGCAGGUGGCACGUGGCAGGCACCGACUUCUCUGCCUGCCCCUGGGAUGGGCACUGUGAGCAGGACCGUGGACCCAAGAAGACCCACCCUGGGGCAGCACUACCCAAUGCCACCUUCUGCCUCAUCCCUGGCCGCAGCCCUGAUGCCUUGCACUUCCUUCAAGCCCUGCAGGCUGGCUGCAUCCCUGUGCUUCUCAGCCCUCGCUGGCAGCUGCCCUUCUCUGAGGUCAUCGAUUGGACCAAGGCGGCCAUUGUAGCUGACGAGAGGUUCCCACUUCAGGUCCUGACUGCCCUCCAGGAGAUGCCCCUCACACGGGUCCUUGCCCUGCGUCAGCAGACCCAGUUUCUAUGGGAUGCCUACUUCUCCUCAGUGGAGAAGGUCAUCCAUACCACUCUGGAGAUUAUUCAGGACCGGAUCUUUGGAGCCUCUGCUCACCCCUCGCUACUGUGGAACAGCCCCCCAGGGGCAAUCCUGGCCCUGCCCACUUUCUCCCCAAGCCCCUCGGACUUCCCCUUCUACCACCUACAACAGGGCUCUCGUCCUCUGGGCAGGUUCAGCGCCCUGAUUUGGGGGGGGGCUCCAGGCCAGCCUCCCCUGAAGCUCAUCCAGGCUGUGGCAGGCUCCCAGCACUGUGCCCAGAUCUUGGUUCUCUGGAGCAGUGAGAAGCCACCCCCAACCAGGUGGCCCAAGACAGCAGUGCCCUUGACAGUCAUUGAUGGGCACAGGAAGGUCAGUGACCGCUUCUUCCCGUACAGUGCCAUCAGCACCGAUGCCAUCCUCAGCUUGGAUGCCCAUAGCAGUAUUUCCACAAGUGAGGUGGACUUCGCUUUUGUGGUGUGGCAGAGCUUCCCGGAGCGGAUGGUCGGCUUUCUGACGUGGAGCCACUUCUGGGAUGAAGCCUGGGGUGGCUGGGGCUACACUGCCAAGAGGAACAACGAAUUCUCCAUGGUUCUCACCUCCGCUGCCUUCUACCAUAGGUAUUACCACACCCUCUUCACCCACUCCCUGCCCAAGGCUCUGAGGACCCUGGUCGAUGAGGCACCCACCUGUGUGGAUGUCCUGAUGAACUUCCUAGUAGCAUCCGUCACCAAGUUGCCCCCUAUCAAGGUGCCCUAUGGGAUGUGGCAUCAGGAGGCCAGACCUCCUCCACUGGAGCCUGGGGGUCCAGGGCUCACGCAGGAGCCGCAGCCCGCAGCCCAGAACUGCAUCAACCAGAUGGCGGCAGGGUUCGGUCACAUGCCCCUGGUAUCUUCUCGCCUCCGUCUGGACCCAGUGCUCUUCAAGGACCCGGUGUCCGUGCUGCGUAAGAAAUCCUCGCCUCCUCCACGAACCUGCCUGACCCCCGACCCCCCACCCCCACCCCGGAUCCUCUGCGCUUUCACAGCCGGGUGUGUCCCUUAGUCCCGACGCUAUUUAUGCUGCCUCGCAAGGUACAUCGUCAGGACCCAGGACUAACCCGGGGGCCCCGGGAGGGCAGGGCCGUGUCCUCGUCUCUCUGGCCAGGCAGGUGCGCCACAAAUAUUUGACGAACAGAUAGAUGGAAGAGACAUCAACUACAUGCCUGGCUCUGUGGCGACAGUGGCGGGGGUGUGGACAGGUGUGCGGAGUGAGACACAAAACUGCACGUCCCUCCCCCACCCCCCGGGUUUUUAGUCCGGCCGGAAAGCAGCGUCUCGCAGAAUCCUGGGCGCAACCCUCGCGCCCCAAGAAUACAGCAGAGAAGUGCCGGGGAGCCAGUUUCGGGGCUCCCUUCUCGACCUGGCGGAGCGCAGCUGGGGGUGGUAUGGGAACGCCGGUGGCCCUGCCGGGCCCGGGCCCCUCGGCUCAGGCACUGCCGUCGUCCUACAUUACCAGCUUGGACCACUAGUGGUCAGCACCGCGUCGCGCUCCCUCCCCCCGAAAAGGGAAGGAAGCUCGAAACGCCCAUCGGGUGGGAUUAGGGGGAGCGGGGAAGUCGAGAUUGGUGGUGUGCAGCUUGAAGUCGGAAAACUGGUUGGCCCACACACUUAGGACUAAGAAGGGGCCAUUUCUAGGUGGGCUGUGUGGGAGCAAGGAUGGUCCUGAGCGCCCUGGUGGUGAGAGUGGAGAGGGGGAGGGGACGCUGGGUUCUCCUGGGUUCACCCACCUG